GUCUUUCCAGCCAGAGGAACUAACCUUCGCUUGCAAAGCGGAAAGAAAAUGGCGGCCGUGGCUGCGGAGCCAGGAGCUGCUGCGGCAUCAACAACGGUAGGGGACGGAACCGAGUUCGAGUCGGAGGCUAAACUCCAGACGGAGGCUACGAGUGAGUGCGCAUCGGUGAUGGACCUCAUGCACAUACCCAAGGAUCAGGGUGCAGGUCUAGAAUGCCGACUGGUCAACCCCGAGACACGGGACAGGCCGGAGCAAGAAGCCGCGGGAAAAGCUUACGUCGCUUUUGCCGAGGAAGAACAAAUCGAUGCCGGUUGUCCGAUGGGUAGAGAAAGGGAGACUGAGGUCACGCCGAAAGACCCCGGGCGGGCAGACCUCCGGGGUGAGUGCGAGAGCUUUAAAGCGGAGUUUUCGCCAGUUCUUCUGGAGGUUGCAAACGAGGUCAGUGCGUACGACUCCAUCACCCGCUCGCAGCCCUCUCCCACUCCCAUCUCCACUUCUGAGCCGUCGGUAGUCUUUCUACAUUCGCACUGUACACCUAUUGCACUGGAGAUGGAGUCUGGACUUGCUGCGCCGUUACUCUCUUCAGUAGAGCCGGUAGAAACUAAGACCGAGUACGCUACCAGCCACAGAUCGGAUGCAACAGCGGAGCCAACCGAGAUCGUGUGUGAAGUCCGAGCUUUAAUCAAACCACUGCUGGUCACGGAACCGCAGUCCAAACCCACAGAUGAUGCCGCUUCCCCUGAGUUGGAAAUCGGUUCGACGGAAGAUGCGGUCCUGAAAUGUUGCGAGAUCGCUGAUGACACAGACCCUCUGCCCGUAUUAGAAAAGGAGAAAGUACUCGGAACCACCGACGAAAUGAGUAACGUCAGAGACCUUUUCCCUUGCAACUCUUCCGAUCCUCCCGUAACAGCAGUGGACCAGGUACCGCCGGUUUUGGAAUCGGAGGACUUGCACGCACCUCGGCGAGUGUUUCGCGACGACUCCAGCGAAACUCUGUCCGAAUCAAAGUCCACUGUGACGGACGCAGAGAGCACCGGGCUACCGCCCGACUCAAUCGCCCAUCUCAGUCCCGGUUCUGAGGUUCGAGUCUCACUGGAUCACAUCAUCGAUGAUGCACUGGUGGUGUCCUUUCAGCUCGGCGAGAAGAUCUUCUCAGGGGUUCUUAUGGACCUCUCCAAAAGAUUUGGACCCUACGGGAUCCCAGUCACGGUGUUUCCCCGGAGACAGGACCGGGGCCGGCCGGAAUCUAUGCAGCUGAAGACGGAGCCGUUCCCGCUCGGAGUGGGGCAGGAGGGCGCGGGGGGCGGGGACUCCCCGGACAGCCCUCCCAAAGAGUGCUCCCAGAACCAUGAGGCCCCCGCCCCGCCCCCCGCCCCGACCCCGACCCCGAGCUUGUGGACCUCGAAACCCCCUCCCUUGUUCCAGGAGGGCGCCCCGUACCCCCCGCCUUUGUUCAUCAGGGACACGUACAGCCUGUCGCUACCUCAGCCCCCGCCGCGGCGGAUCAAGCGGCCCAAGCGGCGGCUGCUGCGGGAGGAGCCCACGUCCAUCAUGAGCGCCAUCCGGCUGCGCCCGCGCCAGGUGCUCUGCGACAAGUGCAAGGGCGCCGUGGCGACGGCGGGCGACCGGCGGGAGGCCCGGGGGGCGGCGGAGGAGGCCCGGCGGCGGCGAGGCGGCGAGGGCGCGGCGGCCGGCGGGAAGCGGCCGCGCUCCGAGGAGAGGGCCCGCGGCGCCGAGGGGCCCAAGCGGCAGGCCCCCGCGGUCCGGAACUCCUCGUCCUCCUCCUCCACCUCCUCCUCCUCUUCCUCCUCGGCCUCCUCGGCGGGGCAGCUGAAGGGCGGAGGGGGAGGGAACAGAGUGCCCAGGGGGGCGCCGGGAAACGCGCCCCCCCCGCCGCCGCCCGGCAACGCCAAGAAGGUGCUGCAGAGCAAGAACGUGGACCACUGCAAGGCCCGCGAGGUCCUCAAGCUGGCCAAGGCGCAGCGCCGGCAGCAGCGGGACGGGGUGGUGGUCGCCGUGGCCGACGCCAAGGCCCGGACGAGGGCCGCCGCCCUGCAGGACGCCCACCAGAAGGUCCACUUCACGCGCCGGCUGCACCGGAUCAGCGCCGGGGGCGUGGCUCGUCUGCCCGGCUCCGCCCCCCUCCCGUCCCGGAUCCGCAUCAAGCCCCAAAGGUACCGUACCGGAGAGAACCCGCCGGGCCUCCCCGUGGUGCAGGGGGGUGGCUGUGGGUCCCUGCCCGAACCUGCCCCGCCCUGCUCCUCCUCCUCCUGCUCUCAGGGCAACCCCAACCCCGCCACUGCCGCUGACAAACAGGGCUGCGCUGCAGAGCUCGAACCCGAGACCCAGCCCAGCCCCCAGAGCCAACCCCAGCCCUGUGCCAAAGCAGAAACUCACCCCCAAGUUACAGUAGGCGAGGUGCAGGGGGGCCUGAAGGCGGAGUCAGGGGUACCAGGGAGGCGGGAGACUCGGGGAGGUAGGGCGGUCGGCCUGACGGUUUACGCGACCCUUGACCCUGUUGGCCCCGCCUCCUCAACCGCCUCCGUGUGCAGUGUCGAUAGCGCGGACGACGUGAAGUCCUCGAAUUCAGAGUGUAGCUCCACCGAGACCUUUGUUUGCCUACCUCCCGGUACCCUGCCCCCUCCCCCCUUCCCCAGCACCUCCUCCACGCCCUCCUCCUCCUCCUCCUCGUCGUCCUUCAGGCAGGGCGGUAAGGGCGGUAAAUCCCCGGAGGCCUCGGCCUUCUCCCGAGCCCCGGACGGCUCGACCGUGCGCGUGGGGGACAUCGUCUGGGCCAAAAUCAGAGGCUUCCCCUGGUGGCCCGCUCGCGUGCAGGCCGUCGGCGGGCCCCGGGCGGGGCGGGAGGCGCGGGUGUCCUGGUUCGGGUCGCCCCCCAGCACGUCCUGCCUGCCCCUCUCGCAGCUCUCCCACUUCCUGGAGAACUUCCUGUCGCGCUUCGACAGGAAGAGGAAGGGCCCGUACCGUAGAGCCGUCGCCGAGGCCGCCAAAGCCGCCAGACGGCUCCCCCCCGAGGUGCGCGCGCUGCUCCAGACGUGAGGCGAG